AUGUCUGGAAUUUAAUUUCAUUACACAAUUAAUUCAUAACCAAAGAAAACAGAGAGGAUUUAAAAUAAUUUAAAUUUGAAGGAAGAUCAAAAUUGGAUAGAUAAUUAUUAUACUGAUAUAAUUUCUGUGAGAGAAAAAGUAGAAUAUUCAGAUAACGAUAUUAAAGAAUUAAAAAUACUGUUCCAUUGUGACAAUAAUUAAUAUAAUACUAUAACAGCAUUUUGUGGAAUUAAAAACAUGUUCAUUUCAAUUUUGAAACCAAUAUAAGAUGAUGAUAUUGAUUUAUUUGAGUAGGUUUAGAAUGAUGGAAUAACUUCUGUAGAUGAGGAUUACGAUGAUGCUAAUCUCAUUCCAUUUGAUGGGUGCUUUAAUUGCAAGUACUCAGGUGAAUAAUUAUGCUAGUUCUUUGUUAAGAGUUAAUGCUUGCUAAUGCCAGAAUUACAAUCAAGUUUGAUAUCAAUACAUCAUUCUAAAAUAGCAUAUAUGUCUCUUGGAUUAUAUGAAGAUUAAUUUAUUAAUUGUGAAAUCUUUGUUUAAGAGUUAUGUUUGUAAUGCAAGUAUGGUUAUUAUAUGAAUUCUAUUAACAAUUUAUGUGAAUCAAUAUGUGGAGAUUAAAUAAUUUAAGGAUUAGAAUAAUGCGACGAUGGUAAUGUUGAUAAUUAUGAUGGAUGCUCACAUUGUUAGUUAAUUUAAUAUGAAGAUUGCAAAAUGUUAGAGACAUGUGCAGUUUGUUAUUAUGGUAAAUGUAUCAAAUGUAAUGAUGGAUUUACAUUAGAAAUAGAUAAAUGUAUUUCAAUUUGCGGAGAUUCAUUAAUCAGUUAAUAAGAAGAAUGUGAUAAUCCGAAUGAAUAAGGGUGUAAUGAUUGUCAAAUCUAAAAAGGAUAUGUUUGUCAUGGUCCCACUUAUUCAAUUUGUAAAACUUGCGGAAUUUAUUGUAGUGAAUGCUAAAGUAUAAAUUAAUUGGAUCUAAAAUGUAAUUAUUGUAUGCCGGGCUUUUAUCCAGUUUUAGAUAAUUGUUUCCAAUGCGAUAUUAAUUGUAUUACUUGUAAAGACUAAUCAAAUUUAUGUACAUCAUGCUAUAGAAAUGAUUGUGAGUUAUGUGAAUCAAUUCCUGGUUAUUAUACUGAUUACUAAAAUAAAAUUUGUAUUGCUAUAUGUGGGGAUGGAAUAGUUGCUAAAGAAGAAGAGGAUUGCGAUGAUGGAAAUUUAGAAGAUGGUGAUGGUUGUGACUCUGAAUGCAGAAUUGAGUUAUCAGAAAACUUUAUUGAAAAAUUAUAAAUUUGGCAAUUCAAUCAUAAUGGUGCAUAUGAUCUUUCCCUCAAUUAGUCAGAAUAUACAUUAGUAUUAAAUUGUUAGGAUCCUAUUAUUAUAAUCGAUGGUAUGAAAACGACAGAUUUUAUAUAUAACAUAACAGCUUAAAAUAAUAUCUGCAAUAUUCAAUUUCAAUUCUUUAAAUCUAUAUUCAAGCAGAAUACUAUUCAUAUCGCUCUCACUUUUUCAUUCUUAUAAAAUAGAUUACUUUUGGAGAAAAAUAUUUAAACAAUAAAUUUCAUAAUUUAACCUACAGAAUAAAUUGUAAUGAACUAAAAUGAAAAAUAAUAAGCUGAGUAAAUUUCAAAUGCUUAAACAACUUUUAAUUUUAUUUUUCUUAUAUUGAUUCCAGUAUCCAUAAUUUUACGCCUAUAUGAUUAUUUGUGGGCUGUGUUAGAAAUUUUAAGUUGGGUUAAUAAUUUCUAUUUUUUAAAUGUUCAUUAUCCUUUUAAUGUAGAAAUGUUCUUUUUGAAUUCUGAUUGGUCAUCCUUUGUUGCUUUUCCAACAUAUCAAGGAUUAAAUUAACCUGAUUGUUCCUAUUACUUUUAGGCUCCUUAAAAAUUUUAAAAUAAAGGGAUAGAUCCACUAUUCUUUAAUAAUAUUUAGAUUCCCUUUAUUUUCAUUUUUAUCACUUUUAUCUUAUACGGAAUAAAUUUCAUAAUAUUACAAUUCUUUAAUGCCAUAAAAUAAUUCCGAUAAAAAAAUCAUAGUCAAAUCAUUCAUAAACACUUUAGUAUUUUUAAUUUACAAGUUUAAAAGAAAACUUAGCAUAGUUUAGUUUAAUAACCAUAACUAUAAACUAAAACUUAAAUAUAAAUUAAUGGCUUUUUAAAACAGAUAAUAAAUGGAUUGAUUAUUAUGGAUAAGGAGUUGAAAAAUAAGUUGAAAUAAACACUUUCAUUAUGUUUGCUUGAUAUUACAUUAGCUAUUAUGCUUUAAAUUACUUUUUCAAAAAAAUAGUAAAAUAUCAUUGUUGAUUUAAAUUAAUUUUUUGCUGUAAUUUCUGUUAGUAUCAUUUUGUUUUAAAUUUACCAAUAAUAUAAAACACUUAAUUUACAUAUAUUGCUUGCAGAAAAUAAAUAAUACAAAGAAUAAUUCGAGGUUUAUUAUGAAAAUGUUAAUACGAAGGAAUCAUUUGGAUAUUAUUUUAAAUUUUUUGGAUUGAUUAGAAAGAUUUUAUAUAUCUUUUUUAUGGUAUAUUAUUAUAAUAUACCAAUUUUUUAAACAUCAUUAUGUUUUGUUUCAACUUCAGUUGGGGUAAUGUUUAUUCUAUACAAAAAUCCUUAUAAUACUAAGAAGGAAUUUUAUUUUUAGCUUAUAUCAGAACUUAGUUUAAGUUUAAUAUUAUUGAUUGCAGUCAUAUUUUCAAUAAAUGAUACAAAAGAGAUUGCCUUUAUACAGCAAAUUAAAGUUAACUUAGGCUGGGCUGUUAUUUCUUUUGUCCUAUUAGCAAUCUUUAUUUAAUUAUUUGGAUUAACAUAUGGACUUAUAACUGAUUUCUAUUAUGGGAUUUUGAGAAUUUAAGAUUAUAUCUAGAAUUUAAAUACAAAUUAGAUUGAAUAAAAAGACAACAAAAUUCUCGAUCAGACAAAUAGCUAAAACAACCUGGUAAUAUAAGAUGGUUGA